CUGAUGUUCUUCUUCAACUCUUUGGAUCGUUUGAACAAACUGUGCAGCUAGAAAGUGUGUGAGCUGACGUGAAUUAAGCAGCAUGGAUCAGUGUGAGGACAGAGAGGAGGGAGUACCUCCCUCUAAAACCACUCUGUGUGGGGAAAAUGAAAGCCAGAGCAAAGGUCAGAGGAUCCAUCAGAGACUCAGACCAGAACCAGAACCAAGCUGUGUGUCCUUUAAGAGCGACAGGUCAAAGGGUCAGUUCAUUUACUUUAAAUCCUCUGGAUCUCCACCAUCAGAGAGAGUGGACCAGCAGAGCUCAGAGGUUCCCAGUGGUCUGUCUGCCCAGCAGCAUCAAACACACCUCCACAUCAUGUGCCACAUCCCAGUCUUCUGCUGGAUCACUGCUACAGUUCUGGAGGAUGUGUUGGAUACCAGAGAGGGAGGAGAGCUGCCAAGAACCCUGACCGAGAUGUACAUCCACUUCCUGGUGGUUCAGACCAAAGUGAAGAAGGUCAAGUAUGAUGGAGGAGCUGAAACAGAUCCACACUGGAGUCMARRGAGCAGGAAGAUGAUUGAGUCUCUGGGAAAACUGGCUUUUGAUCAGCUGCAGAAAGGAAACCUGAUCUUCUAUGAAUCAGACCUGACAGAGUGUGGCAUCGAUAUCAGAGCAGCCUCAGUGUACUCAGGAGUGUUCACACAGAUCUUUAGAGAGGAGAGAGGGCUGUACCAGGACAAGGUGUUCUGCUUCGUCCAUCUGAGUGUUCAGGAGUUUCUGGCUGCUCUUCAYGUUCAUCRGACCUUYMWCAACUCUGGKKUCWRCCUGAURRAAGAAACACWWACAUSURARAAGUYUUCAUUAUUUAAURAAYCUAAACUAMAGUCUCUCCAUCAGAGAGCUGUUGACCAGGCCUUAAAGAGUCCAAAUGGACACCUGGACUUGUUCCUCCGUUUCCUCCUGGGACUUUCACUGCAGACCAAUCAGAGUCUCCUACAAGGUCUGCUGACACAGACAGGAAGUAGCUCACAGACCAACCAGGAAACAGUUCAGUACAUCAAGAAGAAGAUCAGUAAGAACGUGUCUGCAGAGAAAAGCAUCAAUCUGUUCCACUGUCUGAAUGAACUGAAUGAUCGUUCUCUAGUGGAAGAGAUCCAACAGUCUCUGAGUUCAGGAAGUCUCUCCACAGAUGAACUGUCUCCUGCUCGGUGGUCAGCUCUCGGUUUCAUCUUAGUGUCAUCAGGAGAAGAUCUGGAUGUAUUUGAGCUGAAGAAAUACUCUGCUUCAGAGGAGGUUCUUCUGAGGCUGCUGCCAGUGGUUAAAGCCUCCAACAAAGCUAUACUGAGUUUCUGUAACCUCUCAGAGAGAAGCUGUGAAGCUCUGUCCUCAGUUCUCAGCUCCCAGUCCUCCAGUCUCAGAGAACUGGACCUGAGUAACAACAACCUGCAAGAUUCAGGAGUGAAGCUUCUCUCUGCUGGACUGAAGAGUCCAAACUGCAAAUUGGAAACUCUCAGCUUAUCAGGCUGUUUGGUCUCAGAGGAAGGCUGUGCUUCUCUGGCCUCAGCUMUGACCUUUAACCCCUCCCAUCUGAAAGAGUUGGACCUGAGCUACAAUCAUCCAGGAGACUCAGGAGUGAAGCUGCUGUCGGCUGGACUGAAGGAUCCAKACUGGAGACUGGAAGCUCUCAGACUGAGUUUCUGUAACCUCUCAGAGAGAAGCUGUAAAGCUCUGUCCUCAGUUCUCAGCUCCCAGGCCUCCAGUCUUAGAGAACUGGACCUGAGUAACAACAACCUGCAGGAUUCAGGAGUGAAGCUUCUCUCUGCUGGACUGGAGAGUCCAAACUGCAAAUUGGAAACUCUCAGCUUAUCAGGYUGUUUGGUCUCAGAGGAAGGCUGUGCUUCUCUGGCCUCAGCUCUGACCUUUAACCCCUCCCAUCUGAAAGAGUUGGACCUGAGCUACAAUCAUCCAGGAGACUCAGGAGUGAAGCUGCUGUCGGCUGGACUGAAGGAUCCASACUGGAGACUGGAAGCUCUCAGGGUGGAGCCUGCUGGACGCCGAUUCUUGACACCAGGUCUGAGGAAGUAUUCCUGUCAACUCACCAUCGACACAAACACAGUGAGCAGAAACAUCAAACUGUCUGAAGACAACAGGAAGGUGACACUUGUGGAAGAUCUUCAGUCAUAUCCUGAUCAUCCAGACAGAUUUGAUCAUCAUCCUCAGCUGCUGUGUAGAACUGGUCUGACUGGUCACUAUUACUGGGAGGUCGAGUGGAGAGGAUAUGUCGAGAUAUCAGUGAGUUACAGAAGAAUCAGGAGAAAAGGAAACAGUGGAGACUGUUGGUUUGGAUGGAACGAUCAUUCCUGGAGUCUGAGAUGCUCUGAUGAUGAUGGUUACUCUUUCUGGCACAAUGACAGACCAACUCAUCUCUCCUCCUCCUCCGUCUCUCACAGAGUAUCAGUGUAUGUGGACUGUCCUGCUGGCAUUCUGUCCUUCUACAGAGUCUCCUCUGACUCACUGAUCCACCUGUACACCUUCAACACCACAUUCACUGAACCUCUGAUUCCUGGAUUUAGGCUCUGGUUGUCCAAUUCUGGUUCCUCAGUGUUUUUGUGCUGAUUUGAGUCUAAAGAUUUUCCUCUUGUCAGAGAAACUCUCACUGUUGAACAGAUAGUUCAUCUCUACAAUCUAUUUCUUGGUGAAACUUUUCUGAUCGAGUCCUUGGAAACUUUUUCUUCUUCCAGUCCUUUAAAGAUGGAAGCUGGGAUUAUUCCAGGAUGAUUCCAGGAUGAUUCCAGGAUCCUCAUGUUUUCCUGUUUGUUUCCAGUCAAAACUUCACACUGAAUAUCAACAUUUUGUUUCUCUUAUUUUUUCCCUUUUAUUCAUCAGAUUUCAUUGAAAUGUUGAUCAGUUUUUCUCAAUCACUGAACAUUCUCUGUUUCUGUGGCUCCUAUUUUUCUAAACUCGUCAGAUUUGAAUAUUAAAUCUUCCUUUUAUUUACUUGCUGCAGUUUUUCUUCAUGUGUUUGAGAAAUAAAAACAU